UGAGCAUGAAAAGUUUGGUGAAAGUGAUGAAACUAUGAAUCGCAUAUAAAGUAUAAACUGAUAGUGGCAUCGCUUUAUGCCGCAAAUAAUAAGUUCCAGUGGAUGGAAUAUCCAUAGGAUGAUGCUCUUCUAGUGACUCACGUUCACCAACUGUUUGAUACUUUGCUUCACCCAAAAGACCAAACCACGAUGCAUACCCCACUCUGGUUCUCAAUCAUAGAUUAAUUCCUUACACACAAGAUUUGGAUAGGCACAGGUUUGGUUGCUGCCAUGAGUUGCUGUUGUGAGUUCAAAGGUUGCAAUGAGGAAACAAAGAUUUCAGCUGUCAUUUUUGACUUGGAUGGAACACUUCUAGAUACUGAGAGAGCAACAAGGGGUGUGUUGAAUGGAUUUCUGGCAAAGUAUGGAAAGGAACUUGACAAGGAGAAGGAAGAGAAGAAAAGGGUAGGGAUGACACAGCAGGAAUCUGUUGAUGUAAUUUUGAAGGACUAUGAACUCCCAUUGACACCUGAACAAUUCAUCAAAGAAAUCACUCCUCUCUACAGAGAAAGGUGGACAGAAGCCAAAGCCUUGCCCGGUGCUAAUCGCCUUAUUAACCAUCUCAAGAAAAAUGGAGUGCCUAUGGCCCUUGCUUCAAACUCCUUGAGAGAGAACAUAGAUGUGAAAAUUUCUCAUCAUAAUGGUUGGAAAGAAAGCUUUUCUGUAAUUCUAGGAAGUGAUCAAGUUAAAUCUGGGAAGCCUUCUCCGUAUUUAUUUGAAGAAGCUGCCAAGAAAAUGGGUGUAGAUGCAUCUAACUGCUUGGUGAUUGAGGAUUCCUUGGUUGGUGUCAAAGCAGCAAAUGCUGCAAAAAUGAAGGUAGUAGCUAUACCGUCUCGAGGGGAAGUCGAUUGUUAUCUACUAGCAGAUGCAGUGCUUCACUCACUUUUAGAGUUUCAACCUGAGCUAUGGGGCCUUCCACCUUUCGACGACUGGCUAGAUAACACAUUGCCUAUUGAGCCGAUUCAUGUGAGUGGUGUGUAUGUUAAUGGAGCUCUACAUGAAUCUACAGAGAAUGCAACAGGUGCUCUUCCUGGUCAAGUUUUUGGACUUUACUUUGGUUGGGGCAAGGUUCAUGCUGAUAGGAACUUUAAGAUAUUGGUUAGCAUUCAUUUGAACCAUCUCAACCAUGUUGCCAACAAAAGAAUACAUAUAUGCCUUAUUGAUCCCAAUAGUGAUGACCAUAUGUAUGAGCAGCAGCGCAUGCAAAUUCAUCUUGUUGGCUACAUAAGUGCUUUUGACAAGAAGGAACUCACAUCAAGGGAAUUGGAGAAACUAGAAGAAUACAAGUCUAUUGCAAGAGCUUCACUGGAUUUACCAUCAUUCACUUAUUCUUUUUAAGUAAAAUAAAGCUUCACGUGGAGGAUGCAGUUCACGUGAGGCUUUACAGUAAUUGUUUGAGAAGAUGAAGCAAAAAUUAUCCAACUUGUUGCAGCUUUCAUAGCUGUGGAAUUAAUUUUAUAACAUAAGACGUGCAUUGAAAUGAUUCAUAAGGAAAAGGAAGUGCUUGUAAAGUUGUAAUAGUAAUAAAUAACAUAUUACGAAAUUCUUAAAGUGAAAAUGCAAUAAUAUAGCAAUCAAUUGUUGUUCA